AUGCCCAGAGAAAUGUUGCUCAUAUUAAAGACGAAUGAUUUAAUGCGAAAUAUUGAGCAUAAAUUGGGACUUUUUGGAUAUAAUGAUGCGAAUAUUGAGGUAAAUUUGAAAAAUUUGCGAUUUUUUGAGCCCGGAAACAUGAAAAUUGACCUUUGAGGUCAAAAAUUAGAUUCUAGGCUGGAAUUUUGUGCUGAAACUGGAAAAAUGGCUGAAAAUGCAAGCCUCCAUGAUUUUCAGCACAAAAUUUCAGCAUACAAACUUUUUUUGGAUGAAAAAAUGUGAAAAAAACGAAAAAAAAAACAUUUCUGUUUUUGAAUUUGUUUUUUCGCGGGCAACCGUCAACCAGCGGAGUGUCGUUGUUUUUUUUCGAAAAUAUUGAUUUUCAGGUCAAAAAUAUGUUUCUAGGCUGGAAUUUUGUGCUGAAAAUCGUGGAAAUAUUCAUUUUCAGUGAUUUUCAGCUUUUUCCCUAGUUUCAGCACAAAAUUCUGAUCUAGAAACAUGUUUUGACCUAGAAAUGAUGAAAAACGAAUAUAUUUGAACUAGAAUUAACGAAAAUAUGUUUCUAGAUCAGAAUUUUGUGCUGAAAAUCAUGAAAGCUCUCAUUUCUAGUAAUUUUCAGCAUUUUGCCCAGUUUCAGCACAAAAUUCUGAUCUAGAAACAUAUUUUUAGCGCUAAAAAUCACCUAGGCUUAUUUAGUAUAUAGAAAACGUGGAUUUUUCGCGCCAAAAUUCAAAAAUUCAAAUUUUUGCAGAUGACACGAUGUGUUGUUCGAUCCUCUCACGAAUUAUCGAUUCGCCGAACCGAAAACCACCUCAAAAAAUUUGGAAUCUAUCUGAAAAUGUACUGGCAACUGCUGAAAAUCUCGAUUUUUCAGCAAUUUUUGAGCUUUGGACUAAUUAAAAUGAAUUAA